GACUUCGUCGCCGACCCGGGCCCCAAGUGCCCGACGUGCUGGCUGCUCAGGAAGUCACUGCAGCUGCCACGGGCUGGAGGCGCUCCGCGCAGAGCUCCGGAUGCAGGUCGUGCUCGUGAUGCACUACUCGGAGGUCGGCAGGCAUCUCGGGUCCAACACCGCCAAGCUGCUGCUGCACUUCGGUGCGGAGCUGCUCGUCUGGGGGCUCGAGUCGCACGAGCGUCGGCUGGCGGAGAUGGUGGGCGCUGAUCCUCGAAGAGGGACCGUUGUAUUGUUCCCGUCGGCCGGGGCGGUCGCAGCGAGCGAGAUGAGGGGCUCGGCGUUGCCUCGCCGCGUCAUCGUCGUGGACGGCGGCUGGCGCGAGUGCAAGAGGAUGAACGAGUCCAUCGAUUCUCGGGUCCGCAGGUGCGUGGUCACCGGCGCCACGCGCCAGGAGUACGGCGGCACCCGCAAGUACGCCUCCGGCGCAGGAGACGGGGGCGACCGGGUGCAGACCGCGGCGGCCUUCGCCGCGCUGCUGGAGGAGUUCGGCGAGGCGCCGGCGCACGUGCUCGCCGUGAAGGAUGGCCUGGCUCACUUCAUGCGCUGCUGGGAGGCGCAGAUUGGCCGCUCCAAGACGUUUGUUACCUGA